AAAACAUGGGCGGGGCCGAGCCGUGUUGUUUUCGUUGAGGUAGGCAGUCGACAUCUUUAUUUGUGGCGUCUCAGUAAACAUUUGAACCGUAUUUCCUUUUCUAGAAUAGUUACUUUGAAGGAAUUUAGGGAAGGGACAAGUGGAGGAUUUUUGCUUGGUGCUUGAGUCGAAAGUCAUUUUACUGUCAAAGAUGGGGAGUCAGUACCAGCGCUCGGUACCGCUGGAGGUGAGGAGAGCAGAGGGAGAGCGGGUUCGGUCCAAGCAUCCUGACAAGAUACCGAUCAUAGUGGAGAGGGCCCAGAGGUCUCGAGCUCCUGAACUGGAUAAAAAGAAAUACUUGGUGCCCUCAGAUUUAACAGUGGGCCAGUUGUGCUUCUUGAUCCGUCAGCGUGUUUCCUUGAGACCAGAGGAGGCACUCUUCUUCUUUGUCAACAACUCCCUGCCCCCCUCCAGCUCGCCUCUCUCAGCUGUCUAUGAGGAGCACCACGAAGAAGACCUGUUCCUCUACAUGACCUACAGCAACGAGAGUGUCUACGGCGCCUGAAGGCCGCACGCCGAAUCGGCUGUGAAGACGACAACGAGAAAGGAGGGUAGAAGAGAGGAGUGAAGUGUUGUUUCCUAUAGCUUUACACCAUUAUUAUUGUUAUUCUACUAUAUUAGUGUAUGGGAUGAAUGCUGAAGAUUGCGGUUUCAUUUAUUAUGAGUUUUUUUUUGUUUUCGGAAAAUGAAAAAAAAGGAAGUGUGAUGGAAAACGGAAGUUGUCUUAUGAUCUUCGAGAGAGCUCCCCUCAUCUUUCUCAUAUUAAGUAUUUAAUGAAUUUUGGUUUUGUACAUUUUUUGUGGCAAA